CAACCAAGGACCGAAGAGGGGAGAUAACAAAAAAAGAGGGUUUCAUUCUAUAGUUGGCCCAAGCAUAACAUUUUCACAAUCGCCAGUUACCGAGACCCUCAAUCUGAUUACCCCCAUUUUUGUUGUGAAUCUCAGAGAGUAGAGAGAGAAAAAUACAGAGAACGAAAAAAUGAGUGGAGUUGCGAAGAAGAUAGCCGAUGUCACCUUCAAAGCAUCGAAGAACAUUGAUUGGGAAGGCAUGGCUAAGCUCCUUGUCACCGAGGAAGCUCGCAAAGAGUUCUUCACUCUUCGCCGCACUUUUGACGAGGUCAACUCUCAACUUCAGACCAAGUUCAGUCAGGAACCUGAGCCCAUAGAUUGGGAAUAUUAUAGAAAAGGAAUUGGCAAUAAAUUGGUUGAUAUGUACAAGGAAGCUUAUGAUGCCGUUGAGAUUCCAAAGUAUGUGGACACAGUUACACCGGAGUACAAGCCAAAAAUUGAGGCCCUGUUGGUGGAACUGAAGGAAGCAGAACAACAAUCGUUAAAAGAGUCUGAAAGAUUAGAAAAAGAAAUAGCAGAUGUGCAGGAGUUGAAGAAAAAGCUGAGCACCAUGACUGCCGAUGAGUACUUUGAGAAGCAUCCAGAGCUCAGGAAGAAGUUUGAUGAUGAGAUUCGCAAUGAUUACUGGGGUUAUUGAUGUUGCAUUCUUUUGCUGUUUCUGCCAUCUCCUGCUUAUGAUAAACAUGUUGAGAUCAUGGUGUUUGAUCGGUAAUUAGCAUAAUAAAAUAACUAAUCUUUGCUUUUUCUGGCGACUUGUUUUGAUCAUGUGAAGGAAAUUUCUCCCAUGUUCUUAUAGUUAAUUUUUGAGGUGCUUGCAUGAUGUCUUUGAAAGGGCGAGCACAAAAAAUGUUUGUCAAACGGCCUGUUUUGGAAAUAAUUUUUAAGAAUA